AAAAACACACACUGAACAGACCGGUGAAGUUUUCCAAAACUAUUCAAAAUACUUUAUCACAGGUAGCAGAGCAGAGGAUAUAAUGGAGACGGGAGAUAAAUGGAAGAUCAAUGGGAGACUGGAAGGAGAAGAGGAGUAGGAGAAUGGAAACGGGGACGAGGAGAGGACCAAGGAGGAAAGUGUUCUUCAAAAGGUUUGCAAGAGUUCUGAUAGCUGUGUAACCCACAUGCUGCAUCGCCCAAACUCACAAGGAGCGGCACAAAAUGUGCCUUUCCCAUCUUCAGGAGAAAAAGAAGGAGAAAUCUUCGCAGAGGAUAAGAUACUAUGGAAGUCCGCUACAGCCAAGACUCAGAGUCCGGAAUGUUGUUGAAGAAUGGACUAAAAGAGGGGAAAGAGGGAAAGGAUUCCCAGGGGAACAUUUCAAAAACGUUCCUGAAGGACCAGCAGGAGUCCUUUUCUCCAUCCGGACCGGUGCAAAACUGCGAAAAGAGCCGGACAAGCUCAGCAGAUCCUGAUUACUGCCGGAGGAUUCUAGUUCGGGAUGCCAAAGGUUCAAUUCGAGAGAUUAUUCUCCCCAAGGGUUUGGAUCUAGAUCGACCAAAGCGUACUAGGACCUCGUUCACAGCAGAACAGCUGUACAGACUGGAGAUGGAGUUUCAGCGGUGCCAGUAUGUUGUGGGACGAGAACGAACCGAACUUGCCCGACAACUUAACCUGUCUGAAACUCAGGUAAAGGUGUGGUUUCAGAAUCGUCGCACUAAGCAGAAGAAGGAUCAGGGCAAGGAUUCAGAGCUGCGCUCCGUGGUCUCUGAGACAGCUGCCACCUGCAGCGUCCUGCGUCUCCUGGAGCAGGGCCGGCUCCUCACUCCCCCAGGCCUGCCAGGGUUGCUUCCCCACUGCGGGAGCUCGUCGCUCACUUCAGCCCUUCGUGGGUCAUCUCUGGGCAUCACCGCUAAUGGAGGCUCCUCCAGCAGCAGUAGCAGCAGUGCCGCCAGCUCAGGCACAGCCGGGGGGAGUCCGCCGCUGCCGACGGUGACCAGUUCCGGGACAGUCACGGGGCUUCAGGGAUCUCCACCUGCACAUGGGCUGUUUAACUUCCCUAUGCCAUCUCUGCUUGGGUCAGUCACCUCACGCAUCACCUCCACCCCACUUGGCAUGGCUGGAUCCCUCGCAGGGAACUUGCAGGAACUUUCUGCCCGCUACCUGAGCUCGUCCGCAUUUGAACCCUAUUUGCGGACCAAUGGCAAAGAAGUGUUAGACAAGAAAGUCUUGGAAUGAUCUCUAGGGGCUUCUUUUUGUCCUUUUAUUAUUUUUAUUGUUAUUUUGAAAUUAAUUUGAGCUCUGAUUAUCUCUUUUUUUAAAAUCACUUUUGCCCCCUUUUGUCUCAUCAGUGCUGUUGUGUUGUCAGUCUUGCGUUUUUUCCUGUCGUCAACCUGCACACUUGAUGCCUCUCAGAAUUGUAUAAAGGUGGACAAAAAGGAGGCUUUUCAGAGCAUUUUGCACUAAAUCAAAGUUUCUCCAAUUUGAUACUAAUGAGAGCUUGAGGAAGGAAUGUAGCAAGAGAUUAUGGAGGGGAAGAGAGAUGAAAAUGGUUGCGGAGGCACUUUUUUCCCUUACACUUUUUGGAGCUGGACAGUUAUAUUCAGAUUAAAAAAUAAUCUGAAAGUUGAUGGGUAAAAAAAAAAAAAAAAAAAAACACGUACAGAACAUAGACCCCUGAUAAAAACUAAUGUCAACAUACUUCAUGUUUCCAGUUCAAAGAGCGAUCCAAAUGUGUGAUUUUUACAUAGUGCCGUUUACCAAGUCCCAAAUAAUGAAAUGUACUGUAUAUUAAAUUGGGAUUCAUUUCCAAAGGUUAGCAUACAAUACGGUCAUACUGUGGCUUUCUAAACACAAUUUUCUUACAGAGGUCGUGAAUUUGUCAUAUGAAGCUAUUAGAUGUCUAUACCAUUUUGUAUUCGUUUGGUUAAACAUGUUCUUUUACUAAAUGGAAGAAAAAUGCUGUCACACCGUUAAAUAGUCCAAUAGUCCUGUGUUCAUUGUUCUCUAAAUGGUUUCUGUGAGGGUGCUCCCCAAAAUGACUUUUGAAGGCAGUCUCAGUUUGUGAGUUUGUAUGUCUUAAAUAUUUUUCCUCUGUGUGUGUGUGUGUGUGUGUGUGUGUAUGAUGGUACUGAAGUUGUAGUCCUGGUUUCCAUGUUAAGUGCGUGUUUAACUGAAAACCUUUCGAGAAAACUUGAGAUAUCAUUGCCUGGGAUUAAGCUCUGGAGCAUGACCCUUGCAUUAUUGGACCAAAUGUAAGCGGCAACCCUUAUACCAAUGCCGCAAAGUUUUUUCCAGAAGAAUUUGAAGCCCUUUCUAUAAUGAAAACUGAGAUGAGGCAGAUCUCUGAGGGACGAACAGGGUAUGAUUACUGCAUUAUAAAAGCAAGAAGUUUGAGUUACUAAAAUUGUUAUUUUAUUAAAUUAUUCACUUUUGUAAUAAAUAGAUAAUUAGUAUAUUUGCAAAUAAUGAAAGAAUGAAUGUAUUGGGGAGGGGGGGGCAGCCAAUCAAAGCUCUGGUGGUGUUAUUGUUAAAUAUCUUGAAGUUUGUGUACCGUGGUAUGAGUGUGGAUAUAAAUAUAUAUAUAUAUAUUAUAUAUAACUAAAAAAAAAAUCUAAACCAAACAAAUCUCUUCAGUCUUUCAUUCCAUGUGUAUAUCAUAAAAGACGUGAUGGUGUCUUUAUGUGAUGUUCUCAGCAUCUGUGUAAAUCGCCCAAGGUCACUUAACACUGCCAGUUCUGCCUGCUCUUGUGAUGUUUGAGAGAUACACAACCUUGCAUGAAUGAAUGUCUCUGAACAUCAUGGAAUGACAAAUCAUCUUCCUGUUGAGGUAUUCGAGUUUCAUUUAGACAUAAAUGUCUCCCAGAGCGACUCGAAUCAAGGGAAGAGAGAGUGGAAAGUCUUUUUUUUUUUGUAAAUGUAUGUUAGAGAAAAGUCUUAAGGUUGUAGAAUGGCAGUAACUAGCCAAAACGAAAGCAGAACUUCAUGCUGCAGCUGGAGUUUUGCAACACUGAGUUCCUGUCCUAUCUGCACCACACCCUCAUCGGCCCCCAUGGGU